AGUGAAUUUUUGUUGUUGUUUUGCUGCUAUCUCAUUACUCUUUCGAACUGUGAUUAUGGUUGCUUGCUAUCGCCUCACCACACCCCACCACACUCCUAUCACUAAUAUCAGCGUCAACCAGCAAUAGCGGCGGCAUCGCUGUUAACGUCGCUGUCACUGUUAUGCGCCUCGGCUCCGGCAUUCGAUCUGGUGUUCGUUGGCGCAUCGUAAUUUGUUUUGUGCCUUUCAACCAGACGGAUGAUUUUUUCGCUAACUACAACGUGCAGUAGCGUAUUGUUUUUUCCUUAUUGUUACAUUGUUCAAAGUACAACAAAUUAUAAUUUGAUAUUUUAUGUGGAAUGUGAAUCCAUAUGUAAUUGACAAUACGAAUAGUAUACAUAUAUCGUUGUUGUUUAUUGUUUGUGCCUCGUCAGUGGGUAGUGAACUUUGCAAAAAUUGCUACAUAGCUCCUUUAUCUCCAUUUAACAUAUGUGCAUACAUAUGCAUUUAUAAUAAAAAUACUUAAUUUUGAUAAUUGCAUAUAGGUUUUGGUUAAAAAAUUGAACAGUGAAACGAAAAGGCUGCGAAAAUUUUCCACCCACAUUGGUGGUUUGUGAAAAAAGCGACAGUGACCGAGCAGAGAGGCAGCGCAGCUGUUGGCAGCGGCACUGUGAAAGCGAGAAAAACAGCAAGCAAAUGAGCGAACAAUUUUAAAGAAAUUGCAGUGCAGAAAGUGUGCGAUAUGCAAAAAUCGAAAAAAAGGAAAGGAAAAUCGUCAUAAAAUUGUAGCUAUUGCCAAAACUAACUUAAAAGUACGCGCAGCGUAACAACAAUAGUGAAGAGGUGACAAAUCAGCAAUGAGGUCUUGCCAGCAAUUUGCUGCAAAUGAAACUGACAUUUAAUUAAAUUUGACAUUCAUUUGUGCUAAUAUUGUUGAAAUAAACAAAAACAAACUGUCUAAAAGUUAUAUCGCGCGCUUUGAUUGUGAAAAAAUUCUUACAUAUAUUUAAACGAGUGCAAAAACACUUAAAGUAUACUAUUACUAAAAAAAAUGUACACACAUUUACGCACACUUAUAAAGACUACAACUAUUUAUAUUAAUUCGGUAUAACAAACAAACAAAUCGGCAAGUGCAGCCAACCAACAACCAGUAGUGUGACUCGCUAACUCUCGCAUCUACUCAACUGCAAACUCAUUGACCGCAUACCGAGUAACCAACAACCACUAUCUACUGUGUGGAGCGUAGUCUGCCGCGUCGAAUAACCGAAUACACGAUUGUUUUUAAAGUGUGUGAACCACACAACCCUAUGGCCCCUAUAUACAUACAUAUUUAGCUAGUAGCGGCCCAUCAGAGCGGCAUAUCAGUGGGAGGCUUGUAUGAGUGAGUGACCGACCGUUUGAAAAACGAGUAGGAGCAUCACGAUUCAGCAAUAUUGUGUGUGUGUGUGUGCUUUCUUGAAAAGGAAGGAAGCGGAGGAGACGCUGGAGGCGGUUAGCUAGCCGCGUCACUGAUUGAACAUUUAGAGAGGCGGCGAAGAAGCCAGCAACAACAACAUUGACUACAAUUUUUAUAAUGUCGCUAGAUAAUCCCACACAGAUCUUAACCGCUCACGAUUUGACCAGCUUGCGUACCCUGCAGCGUGUGAUCACCACCACCAGUAAUAACAAUAACCACAACAACACAUCUAUUGACGACCAUAUCGUCUACAAUAGUCACGUUCAUAGCAACAACAACAGCAACAGCAGUAGCCGUAAUCACAAUUACAACCUUAACCACAACAGCAACAGCAUCACAACCAACGGCGCAAGUAAUCAUCAUACCAAUAACAGCAGCAACGGCAACAACGCCAGUGCUGGAAAUCUUGUUUUCUCCACCAUCCCACUGGACGGCCACGCUCUGCUUAUUCAACAAUCACACCUGCUUCCUGCGAACGCCGCAGCUUCGCUUACCAACAACGGCUUGCAACAGGCGACGCAGGCGCGCGGCCUGGUCACCACAGCAACAAAUGGUUUACGCGCCGGCAACAGCAACAACAUUAACACAGUUACGAGCAGCAUUAGUCCCGCCGUCAGUAACGCUGCCAGCUUUAUCAGCAGCAGCAGCAACAUAAAUAGCAGCAGCAACAAUAACAGCUUGAAUAACUUCCUUGCCAAGGCAACUAUACUGAGCGCAGCGAACUUCAGCAACGCUAAGCCAAGCGGCAAAAUCUUCAAUACAGGUGCCACAUCGUUCGGUGCCACCGGUGGCAGCAACAUGCCCACCACAUCGAAGUAUGUGCUGUUGCAACCAAAUGGUAAUGGACAAUUUACUACCUAUGAAGGCUCCACCCCGGCGGCAGCAGCAGCUGCAGCUGCCAAUGGCAAUGCCGGCGCGCCCAGCGUAGGAAAUAUAGUGCUGCUUGCCACCGAGCCGAUGGACUUGAAUGGCAGCAGCGGUUUGGGUGGUGAUGCGGCGGCUGUGGGGCGUGUUAUUGCCACAGCGGCGGCUACUGGCACUGGCGAUAAUGACGAGGAGUUGCGCCCGUUGGCGUGGCUCAAUGACAGCAAUUUAAUUAAAGGCAUAGUGACUACGACAGCAGCUGGCGCGGGCGGUGCUAAUGUGAAGCGCGGUGGUGGCGCUGCUGCAAGUAGCGGCAAUAUUUGCAUAGUAAGCGCUAGCAAUGCACACGAGCUGAUCGAAGAGCUGCCACAUCAUGUAGGCAGCGAGGAGGUAACCACCACCACGCCCAGUGGCAGUAUGAGCACACAUAUUGGGGCAAGUGGUGGCGGUAUCGGCAUCGGCAUCGGCAACGGCAAUACGAACAACAACAUCACUUCAUCGACUGAACUGAAAGCUGGCACACAAAUAACCGCGUUAAGCGUCAGCGAUUUUCAACAACUCAAGCGUUAUGGCAACAUAAUCACCAGCGGCACACCGAUCACCUUGCUGCCACCACAUGACCCAACAGCUGCCGCAGGCGGUCGCAAAGAUGAGGCUGCACACAUUUUCGGCAAUAUCGGCGCCAUCAGUGCCACCACCACUGUGCAUAUGGGACCGAGUGGUACCACCACUGUUGUGGAGUACAAAUCGAAUGGGAAUAUGCCGACGCUACAGUCGAGGCAGCUACUUAGCGCUGCCGGUGUUGGCAAUGCUAGCGGUGGCACCACUAUAACGCCAGCAAAUUUGAGCAACAACGGAAUUAACAACAACGCCAACAGCAGCAGCAGCAAUAAUCUAAACUCUUGCAACUAUGUGCCUUCUUCAUUCUCUUCUACUACCAGCACUCAUUCAACAGUAUCCAGUACACCCGCCUCCAUAGCUGCUUCCAAUCCCGCCUCACUGUCUGUUUCCUAUUCAACGCCUGCCUCAACUACGAUGAGCGUUGCCGGCGCCAACAGUGGCACCAUAGUGCUCAGCCUGCCGAAGCAACUAACAACGCUGCCGGGCGGUGUUGUUACGGUUACCAAUGGCAACGGCACGACUAACACAAUUUAUCAAGGACAACCACAGCAGCAACAGCAGUCGCAACAAAGACAACAAAACUUUGCCAACAACAAUACAAAUGCCAGCAGCAGCACAUCUAGCACCACCCACCAUCCGCACAAGAAAUACCUGCGCGAAAAGAUGAAUGUGUUGGAUCAUGGCGGCGGCGGCGGAGGCGUUGGCAGUGGCGGCGGUGGCAGUAGUGGCAUUAAUGCUAGCACAAUUAUAACCACAAAUGGAGGAGGCAACGCGGCUGCUUCCACUAUCACAGUGGUUGCUUCGCCUGCCUCCUCCAGCAGCUCAUUAUCCUCCUCCGUUUCUAGUUCAUCGUCGACGGCCGCUGUCAACGGCGGCAAUAGUCCCAUCUCUAAGUCAUUCUAUGCCGGCGCAGCCAACAACAGUCACAACAAUAGCAAUGUGAGUGGCGGCGGCAGCAACGCCAGCAGCAGCGGUGCCAUAAACUACUCCAGCACGGCUAAUACGUCGUCACCAAUGGUGCAGAGUAAUGCGACAGCAGGUGCUGCAAAUACAAACAGUGCAGCUGGCUCGCCCAUUGCAGCGGGCAUACCACCCACCUACACUAUAAUGCAGUACCAAAGUGUGGCCUCCUCGCCAAGCAUCUCAUCGCCAGAACCAAAUAAUUCCAAAGAAUUUUAUCCGCUCAUUACAACUCAGCAGCAGCAACACAAUAUGAUGCGUUCGCCCACCUCUUAUUCCAGCUAUGACAAUGACUCAUUGAAAGAUUUCGAAAUAUCCACCAAUGGCUCAAGUAGUUUGGGACAUCACAACACCAGUACACCACAACAUCAGACGCAUCAGUCAGCACAGGCACAACAACAGUUGUCAUCUUCUGGCUCUUCUGCAUCCUCAAAGAAUAGUCUAUCUGGUAGUAUGACCAAUGUUAGCGGCCUCGGUGGUGGAUCGAAUGGCAGCGGUGCUGUUACACCACAAAAGCAAAAGCAUCCGAACAAUGUGCCGUACGAUCCAUUCGUGCACACACACAACAAGCCGCCCUACAGUUUUAGUUCCUUAAUAUUCAUGGCCAUCGAGGGCUCGAAUGAAAAAGCUUUGCCCGUCAAGGAGAUAUAUGCCUGGAUUAUGCAACAUUUUCCGUACUUUAAGACAGCGCCUGCCGGUUGGAAGAAUAGCGUGCGGCACAAUUUGUCGUUGAAUAAGAGCUUCGUGAAGGUGGAAAAAGCGCCGAAUAUGGGCAAGGGCUCACUUUGGCGCGUCGAACCACAACAGCGACAAAAUCUCAUACAAGCGCUCAAUCGCUCGCCAUUCUUCCCCAAUUCAGCUGUCGAUAAGUCGUCCUCGCUCAAAAGUCCCGGUGCCGCAAGCAACACUGGCGCUGCCAAUGACUCACUCGUGGGCUAUGACACUGUUGAUAGUGUGGGUAGUGGCGGCGGCGGCGCCUGCAGUCCAGCACCCAAAUCCAAUAUAAAUCCACGCAUUGAUCCGCGCCUUUUCCCUAAACUAUCGAAAGUUAUUGGUGGCCAAGGCCUCCUAAAUGACGUGGUCGUGUCUGGGGCUGGCGAUGUGCCCGACGAAGAUACUCCGUCCGACUAUAGUACAACAAAUCAUAAUAGCAUUCUGAAUAACCAGAUAAGCGGCAACAACAAACACAGCAGUUAUAAUAGCUCAUCGGUGCAUCAAAAUGGCGCUGGUGGUGGUGGCGGGGGCAGCGGCAGUGGUGGUGUAGUUAGCAGUGGCGCUUCCAUAUUGGGUCCUUUCAGCAGCUAUGAAAGCAUUGAGAGUUUGGCGCGCGAUUGUGGUGCCGAUAGCAUCGAUGAUGUGAAUGCAGCAACAGCGAUGUUGGCCUUGAAACAUGGACCGAAAGUGUUUUCGGAGACCUUCCAGAAUGGCGCGCCCGUAAUAACUUCAUCACCCAGUGAGGAUCACACGUACUCCGCUGGUGGCGGUGGUGCAAGUGGUGGCAACAGCGGCGCCUCAACGCCACUCAUCAAUGGCAACUCAGCGCCUACAGCUAUCAAUGGCAAUGCGCAGUAUGGCGCCAGCAAUGGUCAGCAGCCAAUAAAUGGUUGCAAUGGUGAUAAUCAAAGCAAUUACACAUCAUCCGAUGCGGCAUACGAAAGCAGCGAAGAUAAUAACAACAUCACACCUGAAGAGCUUGAAGAUCAACGCCGUCAACGUGAAGGCGUCGAUGCGCUACUCUCGCUCUCGCGUUCAUCUGUUGUCGAAUCGCCCACAAAGCGGCCGUCAUCGACCAGCGUCGAAGAAGAACACAUAUCCGCCUGUCUCGAGAACAAUAAGGCGAACAAUAAUAAUGGGCAUUUCACCAAUGGCAAUGGAAAAAUGGCAUUGCUGACCAGUGCGGUGGCCUAUAGCCAACAACAGCAGCAGCAUCAUGCGUACGAGGAUAGCGGCAGCUUUCAUUUACCCAGCUAUUAUGGUGGGCCACAUCAAUUGCAUCACAACCAAGGCUUGGGCAGCGGUAGUGCAGUGCAGCGUAAGAUCAAACCUUUGCGUAGUUUGCGCACGAAGAUCAAGCGCAAGGCACCAUGGAUGAGCAAGGCGCGGUGAGCAACGGUGUUUGCAAGUGAUUGGAAAAAUUAAUGUGGGCAAGAAGUGAAACUAGUGGGGAGUGGUAAUGGAGUUGGGGAAGAAGUGGCUGAAUGAGAAUUGAAAAAUACUAGAUAAGUUUGCGAUAGGGCUGGUAGAAAAAGUUGAUCGUUAUGUACAAAUUUGAAAUGAGUGUGUGUAGUAAAAUUUAUGAUACACGCUUCACAGUUUAUUUGGCUGUAAAAGAAACGCAAACAGUAGCGAAAAUAAUAGUAUAUGAAUUUAAAAAGCUCGCUGAUAUAAUAACAAUAUUGAAAACCUAUAGAAAAUUGCAAAUUGAGCAACGCAUUUUAACGCUUUUGUGACAAACUAAUUUCCCAACUUUUAAAGACGAAUUUUAAGUGAUUUGAAUUGGUAGUGACGAUAAUUCUGGUUAAAGAAUAAAUACAUUUCAAAGACAUUAGCUAGACAAGAAAUUUUAAAAAUAUUUGCUUUUAAAGAUUAUCAGAUGAGCUCCUUAUGCAUUUUUGAAUAUUUUCUGGGUGUCUAAAUAUUAAAAAAAAAUUAGGAUAGCAAUUAUUUGACUCCCAAUAUUAUUGCACUUGACUUUUAUUAAUUACAGAUUAAUAAUUAUACUUUUGUGACAAAAUAUGAUAUGUACUAAGCAUCAAAUUACACGUACAUAUGUAUAUGUAUUUAAAUUCAAAUCUAAUAUCAUGACAUUUUUAAAACUUUUCUUUUAUCUGGUACGCUCUUAAACUUUAAGCCGCGCAGCUCAUUGAGUUUAACUCUACAGUUCGUAAAAUUCAGCUGUCACAAAUAUGAAGGUUUAAAUUAGCAACACUUUCGCUGACAAGAUAGAUAUGUUUAAAAUUAGCAUGGAAAACAAAAUAAUUGUAUGGCCAGCCGUUGAUGACGCCGUCCGCUUAUACUUAACCAGCAGCAAACACAUGCACAUAGACACACACCCAUGCACAUAAGAAGUACAUUAACUAUCCAACUAAGCCCCCAUCUUCUUGCUCGCAGCUCCUUAAUGUGAACGAACAUCCUUACAUACAUAUGUGAAAAAUGUUAUAAAAGAAAAAGAAACUUAAAUAACCGUUAUAUACUUUUCAAGGUUUACUUUAUUUUUUUAGUAAUGUAGAAAAUCUCUUGUAAGUGUUUUUUAAAAUGCGGUUAAUUUCGGCCGAAAUUUCCAAUUAUAUAAGAAAAAUUAGCAAAAUUCCAUGCGCUGAAUACCAGCUAGAAACUCGAAAAAAUGUGUAUUAAGCUUUUUUUUUUUAAUUUUGAUGCCAGUAAGUGGUUUUAAAACAAUUUACUAGGAAAGCAUGAUUUAAAGCGUAUAGCAAAGGCACAUUUUCACAGCUAAAUUGGUUUUACAUUAUUAAAUUCAGCACUCAGUGAUGUUGUUGUUUUUGUUGUAACAGCAUGCAAAUCCCCCAAAGAGUUUUUGGGAAUGAUGCUGGGAGUGACGGUCCUUGGAAAGCUGUAAAUCUGGGUCGUUCCGGCUACGUAGACCCAACAGUCGUUGGAGCGAGCUUUCAUUAAUCUUUUUGAGCACUGAAUGUGAUUUCCAGUUACCAGUUGAAGUUUUUCAAAUACUGAGUGCGAUUUUACAAUGCUGUGUGCAGCCUUUCCAACGCUAUGUUUUGCUAAAAUAUGCAAUUUAUGAAAUGCUGAAUAUAGUUUUUGAAUGCUAAAUUCAGUUUUCCAAAGCUGUAUGCAGUUUAUCGAAUAGUUAAAUGCAGUUUUUAAAAUGUUUUUUUUUUUACUAUUUGCAAUUUUUUAAAUGCUGUUUGUACUUAUACAAAGUUAAAUGCAGUUCUGCACAUGCUGAAUAUAGUUUUUCAAUAUGACUUGUACAUAAUUUAAAAAUCUUUGAUUCAAAACCAAUUAAUUUCUGGCAUUUUACAAUUUUUAAUUGCGCUGAAUAUGACUUGUUGCCUGUGUUAAUGUGAGAGUACUGUCGAAACUCACGACAUUUUUUAGCGUGCUGCAUAUAUAAUAGAAUGCAUCAAACUGACUAAUAGACUUUACAUCAAGUAUUCAGCACUUUCUGCUGUUUCAGCGCUCUAUUCAGCUACAAAAUUGCCGUGAGCACCGAAAGCUAAAACUUGUGAUUAAGUUAAGUGUGUAGUUCUACCUCAAGAACUGUAAAAUAUGCGCUGAAUUGCUGGAAAAGUAAAUGAAACUUAAAUAAGAUGCAGUGGAUUGACUUAAAAUGCAUUUUUUUUUUUUAGCGGAGCUCAUUUUCAAUUGCUCAACAGCGGCAAGCAACUAGCGCUGGUCGAAAUUAAUGCACCGUAUUUUGUUGAACACGACUUUUCAAAGUCUUUUAAACUUUUGAGAUAGUUUGUAUUAGUUUAUAAGUGACUUUGCUUCCACAAAUUUAAAUAUUUUUCAACUUUUUUCAUUAUUUUUAAAUUUCUAAAGAAAUUACAAUGUUUGCCAAACAAUAAUCUUUUAUUGAAUUUUAUGUUAAUGUUGAUUUUUUCUCACACUCGAGUAGCUGUGGCACAGCUCAAAAAAUAAUAAUAAAUUUCACAAAUUUUUUAUGUAAAUAAAAAAAAAAUCUUUAUUUCUUAAUGACGAAAAUCUUUGAGUUUCGCGCUUAUAAGCAGCUUUUAAAAGCUAAAAAACUUGUUUAAGUUUCAAAAUAAAUCUACUUUAUAAGUUCUAGGUUAAAAAACCAAUAAAGAUACAUUUUAAUAAAAACAAAAAAAAAUUAGCAAAAGAAACUAGCAAAUCAAAAAAUGGGUUUAAGUGAAUAUUAAAGUUUUUAGUGUUUAAGGAAAAAAUAAAAUUUCAUAUUUAAGAAAUCUUAAGUUCGUUAUAAAACUGAGUAAAUGCAUCUUAAAAAAAAAAACAAAGUUAAUUCACUUCAAGUACCUUUUUAGCAAAAGAAUAUAAAAUAAAAUUAUUUAAAAUACAGCAAAUAUAAAGAAAUGUUAAAUUAGCAAAAGUGAAUGUGAAGACUCGGUUUGGUGCAGCUGAGUUGCGUAGAAGGCAAAAUUAAUAUACUAAACAAAUUAAUUUGUUUUUUUAAUUGAAGGCUUUACGCAGCCCUUUAAUUACGAACUAGAUUGUUUACUAUUACAUUUAUUAGUUGUUUUGUAGUGAAAGUGCAGCUCGCAAAUGCAAGCGGAAAGCGCAGGAAAUCAAAACGCAAAAAAAAGAUAAUAUUAAACAAAUAAUAUAAUUACGUUUUUAAUGCAAAAAUGCAAAUGCAAUGGGCAAACUGUUAAAAAGUGAAUAUUAUUUGUUGGCGUAAGAUUGUAAGCAUUGCAACUUCAACUACAAUUUACUUAAAAUAUACAUAUGUAAAUGGAAAAAUAGUCUUAAAGAUUAUAUAUACAACAUACCUAUGUACGUUAAAUGAUGCGAAAUGAAGCAAGAUCAUAAAUAAUAAAUGGCAAUAUUAAUUGUACGUUAAUAUUAAUGAAAAAAGUAGUAUCUAAGACACACAAAUACAUAUACAAUUACACAUAGUAUGCAUACCUAAAUGACGUAUAUACACAUACAUAUAAACAUACACACACACACACACAAUACAAUUUUAGACAACUUAUAUUAAAUAGUAGUGUUAAAUGAUGUCUAAACACCUAAAAGUAGACACUAAAAAUGUUGAGUUUUUACUUUAUAUAAAACACUUGCUAUAUACAUACAUAUGUACAUUGUACAUAAUGUAUUACCAUAUAAGCAAACAAAAUAUAUAAAUAAUAAAAAAAAGCAAAAGCAAAUCAAAUAUAUGUACAUGAAAGUAUGAGCAAAGCAUAGAAAGAUCGUAGAAAAAACAAAAAAAAAAACAAUGUAACUUACAUACCAAAUGUGUCACUCGCAGACAAAUGCAAUUGAAAGCUAGAUAUGUAUGUGUAGUCAAAAAAUAAGCCGGACAAUCUUAAAAGCGAAAAAUAAGAAAAAAUUAGUAAAAACGAAAAAUGAACAAAAUAAAACACACACACAAAAUUCUUAUACGCAUUGGUAGCAAAUCGCCUAAACUUACACGUGCUAUUUUCAAAAGUUUUCCUUAAAAAAGUGAAAAUUAAAAAAAUAAAGAUUCUAAAAACCAACAAUUAUAAAAAAAAAACUCUAAAUAUGUUAAGGCGAUGCCAACGCUUGAAAGCAGUUGGAGUGGCUUAUCACUAUAUACUGUAUACACCAUAUAUAGAUUUAGUAAAUGAAAUUAUAUAUAAUUGAAUAAAAUUUGUUUUGAAAAAAGUCA